CCCUACCAUUAGGUUCCAGCUGGCGCACGUCAACACGCAGAUUGAUGCGGCAUGCGACAAUCUUUUCGUGGGCGAGCUUCUCUGCCUAGGCAUUACCGGACAGGACUGCACUAGUGUCCACGUUGUCCAGAACGGCGACGUCUGCCUUACGAUCGCCAAUGAGGCUGACAUAACUGUCAAUACUCUCCUUGCCAACAAUCCCAACGUGAACAGCGGCUGCACCAACCUUAUCGUCAAUGAGGUACGUCGA